AAGGGAAAGAAAGGGAAGGAGGAGCCGGCCGGGGCGAAGGGCAGCAGGCAGGCGGUUACAUAAAGGGCAGAGGCGGACGGAGAGACCCGCUUGCAUCGCCAUGUCCUUCUGCGCCUUCUCCGGGGGAGAGAUCUAUCAGGGCCACUUCGAGGCCGGAAUGUACGUUUGCUCCAAAUGUGGCUUUGAGCUCUUCUCCAGCAAAUCCAAAUAUGCCCACUCUUCUCCUUGGCCGGCGUUCACCGAAACCAUCCACGACGACAGCAUCACCAAGUACUUAGAACGCCCCAAUGCCUUCAAAGUCCUGUGUGGCAAGUGCGGCAAUGGUUUGGGCCAUGAGUUUAUCAACGACGGACCCAAGAAGGGCCAGUCCCGCUUCUGAAUAUUCAGCAGCUCUCUCAAAUUUGUCCCUAAAGACAAGGUUGAGAAGAGCUUGAGGAAGUAAACCAGUUUGGCUCCUGUUCCCUCCCCAACGUCUGUCCGUCCAUCUGACUCCGAUUGAGACCAGUCGACGUGGCCCAUCAUCCCCAAGCGGAAGUUGAAACGCUUUCCAUACGUUUCAGUUCCUAAUACCCUCCUUUGUGUUGAAACGGUUCCUGUUUUUGGUCUUUUUCCCCAUUGAACUCUGGAAGCAACUCCUAAUGUUUGGAGACAAUUGCGUUGUCAAAAUUCUCCAUUGCAAAAUCGUGCACAAAGGCUGGAUUCGGGGUGGGCUCCAUAUCCCAUAAACACCCAACUUGUUAUGAUCCUAUAUGUACCUAUACUGUAAACCUCGGUUUAGUGACUUUUGGAGGACGCCUUUGAGGCAGAAGCAAGAGAUGGAGGACAAACACCAUAAGAGCCCAUUACUCAUGGAAAGCCGGCUUGCAAUUUGGCCGUGAAAGCCAUUUUUCUCCUUUCUUCCACUCAGGAGUUUCUGCCUUUGAGUGUCCAGUUGUCAAACGGUUAUUGUAAAAUGCAUCUACACUGCGGAAUUAAUGCAGUGUGACUUCACUUGGACUGCUGCAGCUUAAUGCUAUGGAAGUAUGGCGGUUGCAGUUCCACAAGGCCUUUCGCCUUCUCCUGCCUCGCCGAACUACCAAUCCCAUGAUUCCUUAGCUGCUCAAGUGGCGUCAAACUACAUCACUUGUGCAGUGUAGAUGCAUAUUGCAGAUGAACACAAUCCAUCUGUUUUGUUCUGCUGCUGUCUAUAUUUUGGGAGGACACUCCUUAAAAACAAAACAUUGAGUUGCUUUACCUACAUCCUUCCUGCAUACUGCACCUACACCUCAAUUUAAUGCAGUUCAACACUGCUCGCAUUGACCUGGCUCAAGGCUAUGGAUUCCUGGGAGUUGUAGUAUAGGUGAGGCACUCCCAGGAUCCCAUAGCCUUGAGCCAAGGCAGUCCCAAGUGGGAUCAAACUGCAUUAAGUCGACAGUGUAGACACGGACCCUAUCUCUGGACCUUGAUUUUUAUUUUUUAACGGUUGAGCCCCAAUCCUCUUUUGCGUUUUUUGGCAUAGGCUCACUGUAUGAAUUGCCUCUGUGUAAACCUUCGCAGGACGGCAGAGGUGAGGAAAAUUGGUGUGAGCUCAUGCCCCAAAAUGCAGCAAAUAUAUUAUUUCAUAUUAGGAUUGCUGUCCAUUUUCUGCUGACAGAGCCCUCGUGCCUUCAAUGCCGCCGCCAUCCUUUGCCGACGGAUAUUUAUUUGGACGCCACAAAAACUCUGGAAGGCGCAUGGGACGCUCUCUCAGGAACACAAAGGCGACGAGCUAUUUGUCGCCUGACUUUCUACCCGAGAAAAGCAUGAAACGGCUACCCGCCCAUUGCCCGUGUCUUGCAUUUCGAUUGCUGCAAAAAACAAAACAUGUUUGCAUGUUUUCUUGGGAACUCAAUGCGACGACCAAUUGGGUUGCUUAAACAAGUUUCCAAGUCGUAAAUGCGCACAAAGGAGAGCAAACAUACAUUCUUUUGCAGCCAUCGAUUGCAGGAAAUCUGGAGUGCACCCACAUUAAAAUCAAUGCAAUUUGCAAUAACUGAAGGCCCACACGGUCCUGGGAGUUGUCGUUUGCUAAAGCACUCCAAAACUUGGGCAGUGCGGGCUCAAAGCCUUGCAGAACUACAACUCCCAGGAUCCCAUAGCAAUUCAAGUGGUGCCAAAGUAUAUUUGUUAAACAUUGCAGAUGCAGGUUGAUGUCACCAUAAUAUCUGUGGAGUUCUGGGAGUUGUGGUUUGCUAAGGCACCCAGUGGGCUCAAGGCCUUUGGAAACUAUAACUCCCAAGAUCCCAUAGGGGUCAGACUGCAUGCAUUCCACCACGAUGCACCCGUUGUGUCUUAACCUUGCAAAUUGGUAGCGGAAGUCCUCUAGAAACUCAGGCAGGCCGCACUUGGCUUAUUGCACCAUAUAUAUUGUAUAUUGCACAAAAAACGUAUUCACCUCUAAGGGCUGAGUCAUGGGAUUUACUUGAAAUCGUUUUUCAAACCCUUCCUCUUUUGCCUUGCCUCACAAUGACCUUCCUUCCAUUGUGCUAAUGACUCUUUUGAUUCCCGCCCCCAUGCUGAGAUUCCUACCCAGCUGUAUUGUUUUGGUGAAUCUACCUUUCUCAGGAAACAUAACUCUGAAUGUAAAUGUUCCAGCUUAGUGAUUAGGGCUUGAGGCUUGUUCUUACAUAUACUGUAUAAAGAUCCGAUCACAAUAAUAAAUCAAUCAAUCAAUCAAUCAAUAAA